AUGUCAACAUCAGAGAACACAACAACAGUUAUAGUUCAUGAAGCCAUAAAUGAAGAAUAUGAAUACAUACAGUAUAACAAACAAUUGAGACUCAUUCGUUCUGUCAAAGAUGACAUGUACCAGAUGCAAAGUAUAAUGAAUGCUCUUCUUUCUACAAAGCAAGCAUAUCAUUGGUUUGAAAACCAACAGACAAAAGAACUUUUAGAAGAAUUUCCUCAUAUGAUUGCUUCCCUCGGAAAACCGAGGGAAGAGAUUCCGUACGAAAAUCGCAAGAAUUUGGCUCCUGGUUUGAAAGGUUAUUAUGUUCAUAGACUUUUAGUAAAUGCUGUAGCAAUGUGGGCUUCACCUCGUUAUGCUUGUUAUAUUUUCAUGAUGUUAGAUGAACUAUAUAAAGCAGAACGUGGAGAGAUGGAAAAGAAACUUCAAGCAAAAGAUGA